AUAAGUUUCCCAUCACUAGCCUCGAAGCGAAGUGCAAUGGAAAACAGCGAACCGUUUAUAUGUACUCCUAAUUCGAAAACACCGAUUCGAACACUGGGAAUGAGACGUUCUCUGACGCGUACUAUAAUUAAAACAUUUGCACCAAUUACGUACUCUCCUAGCAUAGAUGGUGCUACUCAACUAAUUGAUGUUCAAUCAUCACCACAGAUUUAUUCUGAAGACACAUGUACAAGAGACAAUGAGUUUAACGAAAACGGUAUUGAUAAAACUCCCGGAAAUACACCAGAACCAUCCAUAAAUUUUGAAACUAGAAUACGAAGAUCUCGGUUAUCAUUGAAUCAACGUUGGAAAAAUGAAGCUAUAAGUAAAAAGGUACGACGUUUGAAAUGUCGUAGGUUGCUAAACGAGGUUGAAUCAAAAAACUCUGAAGGUUCCUUAUUGUCUGCUGAACAUUUAAGUUUUACGACUUGUGUCAGAGCAAGUAAUUCAUUGAAUGUUUCGGCGCUGUCACAAAAAAAUGCGGAUUUAAUGUCAAAAAUUAUAUUAUGGAGAAACUGUUGUGUACAAACACUUGAAAAUCUUCUGGAGAAGAGCAGUUGUGAUAAUAUGGAAUCGCUGCUAGAUGCUUUAGGAAUACCGUCUGAUUUAAUUAGAUAUGAUCGAUCUCAACAAAUAUUCCUCGACCCUGAUUAAUUCAAAGGCUAUAUAUACUGGUACCGUUUUUCGUAAUCACAUUAAAUGCCUGUUUGUAUAGGCUCAGGUUUGUCCUGUUUCGCUCAGUGCUGUCAAGUAAGAGUUCAACUUAUUCAUUUUUUUUCGACAGCUGAAAUUUUGAAAUAAGCUUGCUAUAAGUAAGCAAUGAGUCUUUUCAAUAAAACUAGAACGAAGUCACA